AUGGCCACUCGUGCAUCAGCAGCAGCUCCUGCUGCAAGAAGGUGCAGCUACGUCGUGGCUCUCCUCUUUCUCAUCGCGCUCGCCGGCACCUCGUCGGCGCAGCUGUCCACGGGCUUCUACUCCUACUCCUGCCCCGGCGCCUACGGCGCCGUCAAGUCGGUGAUGCAGGCCGCCAUCGCCAAGGAGAAGCGCAUGGGCGCCUCCAUCCUUCGCCUCUUCUUCCACGACUGCUUUGUCCAAGUACGUCGUCGUGCUCACACCAUUGGGCUAGCACGUUGCACGAACUUCAGAGCCCACAUAUACAACGACACCGACAUCGACGCCGCCUUCGCAAAAACAAGGCAAUCAGGUUGCCCAAGCACCUCAGGUGCAGGUGACAACAACCUGGCACCAUUGGACCUUCAAACUCCGACCGUCUUCGAGAACAACUACUACAAGAACCUUCUUAGCAAGAAGGGCCUUCUACACUCUGACCAAGAGCUCUUCAACGGUGGCGCCACCGACGCGCUGGUCCAAUCCUAUGUUGGUUGCCAGAGCACGUUUUUCGCAGAUUUUGUGACGGGUAUGAUCAAGAUGGGUGACAUUACACCAUUGACGGGCUCCAACGGCCAGAUAAGGAAGAACUGCAGAAGAGUUAAUUAG